AUCUACUACCAAAUAAGCUACAGUUUCCUAGAUAGAUACUCAUGCUUCUGCCUCUCCCUCUCUAUAUGCCCUUAUUCUACUUCUCUUUUCUUUCUCUUGAUCUAUAUUCUUUAUAGAAACUCUUUACAACAUUCAAACUGCAAUUACCAGAAAAUCAACCAUUGAUACCCACCUCGUGUGCUCAAUUCAUUCUAUAUUCCUCAUGUCAUUAGUAUUUUUCCUUGUUCCUGAAUUCUCCUACAAAUGAUGUUCGUUACAAUUGGGAAUGAAUCCCGUUUGAAUUAGAUGUGGAAAUUAGCACUCAUUGUAUAGAAUUAAGAUAAUUAGCAAAGAGCAAAAUGAAAGCUUUUAGUUGGUUAUACAAAUGUGCCAAAAUUUCCAAUCAUUCAAACUUGGAAAGUACCUUAAUUGUAAGUGCUAAACUGGGGUGUAUCAGGACUUUAUGUUCAGCCUCUAUAAGAUCAGACACACAACAGAUAGUUGAAUACUUAGAUAGGCUGAAGAAUUAUGAAAAAUCUGGAGUCCCAAAAAAUGCUGGCACUGAAACGGAUGAUGGGUUUGAUUUGGGUCGUAUGAAGCGCUUGAUGAGCUUACUUGGCAAUCCACAAUCAAUGUACAAGACAGUUCAUGUUGCUGGAACAAAAGGCAAGGGCUCCACUGCUGCAUUCUUGUCUAAUAUUUUGAGGGCUGAGGGUUAUCGUGUUGGUUGCUAUACUAGCCCUCAUAUCCGAACUAUAAGGGAGCGUAUGUCUGUGGGAUUACGAGAUGAACCGGUGCCAGCAGAUUUGUUGCAUUCUCUUUUUGUGAGGAUCAGGAGGUUCCUUGAUCAGGCUGUGGCUAAUGAGCAUGGGCUGCUGAGUCAUUUUGAGGUUCUUACGGCUGUAGCAUUUACUCUUUUUGCUGAUCAGAAUGUUGAUAUCGCUGUUGUUGAGGCUGGGUUAGGCGGAUCACGGGAUGCUACCAACAUACUCACUAGUAAUGAGCUUGCUGCAGCAGUGAUAACGACUAUAGGAAAGGAACACCUGGCUGCUCUUGGUGGUUCCUUGGAAAGCAUAGCAUUGGCGAAGUCAGGGAUUAUCAAACAUGGCCGCCCAGUAAUUCUUGGGGGGCCAUUUCUUCCUCACGUUGAGCAAAUUAUACGUAAUAAAGCUUUGUCAAUCUGCUCACCAGUUGUAUCUGUUUGUGAUUCUGAAAAAAACAGUGUCAUAAAUGGUUUUGGAAUUGUCGAUGGUGAACCACGCCAAUCUUGUGACAUAUUGCUUCAAAUUCAGAAGGACAUACCAUUGUGUAUAGAGUUAAGUGCCUUGAAUUUAUCAAUGCUUGGGUAUCACCAACUUCAUAAUGCUGUAACUGCAACUUGUGCUGCAUUAUGCCUUCGUAAUGAAGGUUGGAGGGUUACUGAUGAAUCCAUUCGUACUGGAUUGGAGAGUACACAAUUGCUUGGUAGAGGCCAGUUUUUGAAGAUCCAAGAAAUUGAAGCAUUAGGACUUCCUGGAUCAAUGGUGUUGCUCGACGGAGCCCACACCCUGGAUUCUGCUAAUGCAUUGGCGAACAUGAUUUCUACCGUAUGCCCAAACUCUAGGUUGAUGCUGGUGGUUGCAAUGGCAGAUGACAAAGAUCACAUUGGUUUUGCCAAGGAACUCCUUUCAGGUCUACGUUUCGAAGCUGUUUUCAUGACAGAAGUAGAUAUUGCAGGAGACAAAUCCAGAAGUGCUUCAGCAAUGUUUUUGAAAGAUAUUUGGACUACAAAAUGCAGGGAUCUUGGUAUCGAGUUUGAAGAUACUAAUGAUCCGAAAUCAUUGAAUGCUGCAGCUCGUAAUAUUGGAAAUUCAAAUAAAAUGGUUGUCGCUGCUGAAACUUCUUUAACAAAAUGUUUGAUGGUUGGUAAUAAGAUUCUCAAAGCAAGGACAGGGGAUCAAUUAGGUUUAAUUGUAAUUACUGGAUCUUUGCAUAUUGUUUCAUCUAUAUUGUCUUCAAUCCAUGGCUAAGCUGCUGCUUGGAUUAGACAUGGGUGGCAUGCAGGUAGCCCGAGAACAACCCGCCAUUAGCUCAGCUCGCCUCGGCAAAAGACACAAAGCUAUAGACCAUGCACGUACAGUGACGAAGAUUUUUCGACUUGUCACGACAUUGGAUUAAGCAGAAUGGGCCGCCAGCUUUUUGGCACGAGGCACGACUCAUUAGGCCCAAUCUAGCCCAACACAAUUUUGGCCUUUUUCAACAUUUUUAUAUUCAUCUUAUUGUUAUUUAGUUAAUUUUUUUUUUAUCAAAUAUCAAUUUUUAGUUUUUAUUAUUGAUAUAGGUCAAUUAAGGAAAUGAUGUAUUUUUCAUAAUAAUAUAUUUUACUUCUUAUUUA